AUGAUCACCACCACCACCGCCCUGCACCGGUGGCUCAUGGCCUUCGUCCUAGCCUGGACACUCGUCGUUCUCUCCGCAGCAGCAGCAGAACCACCGCCGCAGCCAGGUUGCGCCGACGAGCUCGUGAGGUUCUCGCCGUGCCUGCCGUACGUGUCGUCUCCGCCCAACAACCGCUCCGACUCGGCCCCACCCAAGUGCUGCGACGCAUUGUCGUCGUCGUUUGAGUCCGGCGGGGCCUUGUGCCUCUGCUACUUGAUCCAGGACCCUCCGAUGCUUGGGUUUCCGGUGAACGAGACUCGCGUUCUGUCUCUGUCUUCCACUUGCCCUCUCAGCAACAACGGCACAAGCACAAAGAGCACUGAUAAUUCUUUGGAGUCGCUCUGCUCAGGGUCGCCUGAACUCCCUCCUCUCCGCAGCUCAACAAUUUCAGGGAUUUCAAGUCCUUCUCCUUCUCCUUCUCCUUCUGGAGCUGACAAUGCUUCAUCUCCUUUGAUGAGCCUACCAUCAGAAUCAACAAACAGUUCAAGCUUGCUGCCGGGAAAGAGAUCGCCGACAACUCCACCAAGCUCAGCAGUAGAACCAGCUGGGGUGUCAACAGCAAUGAAGCAAAUUUGCAGAAGCAAUACAUGGUUUCUACCUGCCGUACUGAUUUUUCUUGUUCCCAUCUCCACUCACCUGUAG